AUGGGUUACGAGUCGAAACUUCCGCCUAUAAUCUCUAAGACUUCUCAGGAGUUUGAGGAGAAGCAAGUGGAGGAACUAUUUCGGAGUGUCCAUUCGAUUCAAAAGGAGAUCGUCUCAGAUCGGGAGUUCGUACGGGGAGCGAUCGCGGAGCUGCAACAGUCGCUGAAGUUGUUGCUGACGAAUCCAUCGCCGCGAGAUGUGGAUUGCGACUCUUCGGAACCUCAAUCUGCAGAUCCGUCGGUUAAUUGCCGUCGUAAGGUACUCUCUACGCCUUUGGGUCCUCAUCGCUGUGAGAUAGGUCCUAGUUCUAGAGAGGAAUUGUUGAAGAACUCCGAGAUACCUGUGUUUUCUGGGGGAAAUAUCUAUAGUUGGUUGGCGUUAUCGGAACAAUAUUUUUGCAUUGGUGGUUUCUCAGAAGCGGAAAAGUUAGAUCUGGUGUCGGUGCAUUUGACUGGCGAUGCGCUGGGUUGGUUCAAUUGGGAAGUGAAUCGUGCACCGUUUGACAGCUGGUUUCAGUUUAAGGAUCGUUUGUUGUUGCGAUUUGGGAAUUUGCGUGUCAAAGGUCCUAGUCAAAGCUUGUUCUGCAUCAAACAAACAGCUUCUGUAGCUGAUUAUGUGCGUCAAUUUGAGGAUCUUUCUGCUCAAGUUAGAGGCUUAGAUGAUCACAAGCUCGAGGGAAUCUUUCUUAAUGGCUUAAAACCGGAGAUGCAAGAGUUAGUGUAUAUGAUGAAGCCUCAAAGUCUUCCAGAGGUGAUAGUUGUGGCUUUAUCCAUGGAGCAUUCUAAGUCCGUGUUGACUUGGAAAGGGAGACCAGUGGUUUAUGAGCCUAGCAAGGUUACUGAGAGGCAGGCGCCUAAUGCAGUUCAGCAACCUCAGAAACACCACUCCAAUGCUGACUUGGAUGAUAUGCGUCGUCGAGGGAUAUGUUUUAAAUGUCAGGGUAAAUGGUUCCGCGGACAUGAAUGUCCAAACAAGGAACUGCAGAUCCUUACGGUGCUUGAUGAUUACUUGGUCGAGGUAUUGCAGGAUCAUUGCUAUAUGGAGGAGCAGCCGGAGGUUGUAGUUGCAGGACAGCUUAUGGAACUAUCUUACAGUUCUUUCAUGGGAUUAUCCUCCCCUUCGGCUACUAAGAUGCGGGGUAUUAUAAAUCAUGGUGAAGUGUUGAUGAUGAUUGAUAGUGGAACAACACACAACUUCAUCACUCCGAAGAUGGUGGAGAGACUGCAGUUACAAGCUCAGUCUUGUGCACAUCUCAAUAUCAAGUUGGGGACAGGGGUGAUGGUUCAAGGUGUGGGAGUGUGUCGAAAUCUCUCUUUUCACAUCCAAGGUUGGUCGUUUCCUUCGGAUUUCAUCAUUUUGGAUUUAGGACAGGAUACUCACGAGUAUUCUUUUACGUACAAGAACCAGUUGGUGAAUUUGGUUGGCGAUAGUGAGCUUCAGAUGGCAGGUUGUGCACUUAAAGGUUCUUCUCUUUUUUUGGAGAAGGCGAGUUCUAGCCAACUGUUCUCGCAUGAAGUAUGUUCCGAACAAACUCGGGAGGUUCGUCAGGCCAUUGAUGGUGUUUUGCUGCAGUUUGACUCCGUUUUUGUGGAACCUACGGGUUUGCCACCUAUCCGCGGCAGAGAACAUGCCAUUAACCUUGUGGCGGGGGUAACUGCGGUCAGUGUCAGGCCCUAUAGAUAUCUGCAUGCCCAGAAGGAGAUUAUGGAGAAAUUGGUUAAGGAUAUGUUGCAAGCGGGCUAUCAUCAGAUACGAAUGAAAGAGGAGGAUGUUGAAAAGGCAGCUUUUCGCACACAUGAUGGGCAUUACGAGUUCCUCGUUAUGCCAUUUGGUUUGACUAAUGCGCCUACUACUUUUCAGGCUCUGAUGAAUGAGCUCUUCCAUCCUUACUUACGCAAAUUUAUUCUGGUGUUUUUUGAUGAUAUAUUGAUUUACAGUGCGACUUUAGCAGAGCAUGUGGAACAUCUGGUGGUGGUAUUGAAGAUUUUUGCAGAACAUCAGUUGUUUGCUAACCGCAAAAAAUGUUCAUUUGCUCAGUCUCGGGUGGAUUACCUUGGUCAUAUCAUCUCGGCUUCUGGAGUCUCCACAGAUCCUGCUAAAACCGCUGCAAUGAUGAAAUGGCCUACCCCAGGCUCUGUCAAGGAGUUAAGAGUUAUUGCUUGUCCCUUAACGGAGUUGUUGCGUAAGGACAAGUUUGGCUGGAGUGAUAAGGCUCAGAUUGCAUUCGAGGCACUUAAGGGGGUGAUGUCGUCAGCUCCAGUGUUAGCCUUGCCUAACUUUACCAAGACGUUUGUGGUAGAAACAGAUGCCUCUCGUUAUGGUCUUGGUGCAGUUUUGAUGCAAGACAGACGCCCUAUUGCUUUUUUCAGUGUCGGAUUGACGCCUCGAGAACAGUUGAAGCCGGUUUAUGAGCGGGAGUUGAUGCGUGAGGUUACUAUGGACUAUCAAAAAUGGUUGACUAAGCUGUUGCCUUAUGAUUUUGAGAUUGUGUAUAAGACUGGGAUUGAUAAUAAAGCGGCUGAUGGGUUGUCUCGUAUGAUGCAUUCCCCGAUAUCAGUUUCAGCCUUGGAGCUGUUUGCUGUUACUGUCCCUUCGGUGUUGCAGAUGCAUGAUAUCUUUACGGAGAUUGAGGAGGAUACGGAGAUACAGCGUCGGAUUCGUGAUUUUGAUACUCUUAAGUUUGCACGACGUGGCUUUGGGGUGAAGGAUGGCAAGUUAUGGUUUAAGAACAAGUUGGUCAUUCCUCCUACUUCUAAGUCUAUUCCUUUGAUUUUGGAGGUGUUUCAUAACAGCCAGCUUGGUGGUCACUCGGGAGUGUUAAAGACGGUUAAGCGGAUUCAGUUGUUCUUUUACUGGCCUGGGAUGCUGCGAAUGGUUCAGAAAUAUGUUUCGGAGUGCGCCGUUUGCCAGACUCACAAAAUUUCUACACUGUCUCCUGCUGGCUUGUUGCAACCUCUGCCUAUUCCGCAAGCAGUUUGGUCGGAUGUGAACAUGGACUUUGUUGAGGGUUGCCUGCGUCUCAGGGGUUCAAUGCGAUACUUAGUGGUAGAUCGCUUGAGUAAGUAUGGCCAUUUCAUUGGCCUGAAACAUCCCUUCUCUGCUUCAGAUGUGGCUCAGAAAUUUGUUACUGAAAUUGUCUGUUUACAUGGUUUUCCUGCCUCUAUUGUUUCGAACCGUGAUAGGAUCUUUUUGAGUCACUUUUGGAAGGAAAGCUUUAAACUGGCAGGUACGAAGUUGAAGUAUAGCACUGCGUUUCAUCCGCAGACUGACGGGCAGACUGAGGUCCUUAACAGGUGUAUGGAGUCGUAUCUGCGUUGUUUUGCUUCUGCGCAUCCUCGAACUUGGAAUAAGUUUUUGUCUUGGGCUGAGCUGUGGUACAACACUUCCUACCAUACGGCUUUGAAGGCCACUCCUUUCAAGGUUUUGUAUGGUCGUGAUCCUCUUGCUUUGUUGCAUUACGAGCCUCACUCUACACAGAACUUCGAGUUGGAAAACCUGUUACAGGAAUGUGAUCGGAUGUUGGCUGACAUUAAAUCUCAUCUGGUGCAUGCUCCACAGCUUAUGAAGAAUAACGCUGAUAAGCAUAGGCGGGAUGUGGAGUUUGUUGUGGAUUUGUGGGUUUAUUUGAAGCUUCGUCCUUAUAGACAACAUUCGGUGUUGCCUGCAGGCUCGAAGAUUCACCCUGUGUUCCACGUUUCUCAGCUUAAACAUGUGUUGGGUGCACAUCAUCAGGUCCUUCCCUUGCCUGAAACAUUUUCGGAUGCUGGUGAGUUGGUUUUGGAGCCUGCGGCUAUCUUGGAGACACGUUACAAUGCUCAGGGUGUGUGGGAAGCAUUGGUUGCUUGGCAGGGUCUUCCGGAUCAUGAGAACUCGUGGGAACCAGUGAAGGAGUUGCAGCAUGAGUUUUCGGGUUUAAUGCUUGAGGACAAGCUUGGUGUUGCAGGGGUGGGGGGUAUUGAUAAGCUUCACCAUGUAUACGUGCGAAAGAAGAAGCCACUUGCUUUAGAACCUUCUUUGGAUGUUCGAGACAAUGGUCUUUUGCUGCUUUUUAAAGCUCUCAUUGGUUCGUUUCCACUGUUUCUACCAUUUGAUGAAGUUGUUUCCUGCGUAGUAGAGCUUCUUGCUAGUCUUUUUAGAGCUGUUAUCCAGGUGAAGGAGUUAGAGGGGAUCGAUAGAAACGUUUUGAGUGUUGGUCAGAUGGCAGAAAGAGGCUAUUCGAUGGAGAUGGGUGGAGGGGAAUGCACUAUUAGAGAUGGGACUCGGAAAGUAUUUGCUAACUACCUGAUACUUGAUUAG